AUGGGAAUCACCAUGGAGGAGCAGCUGGAUAUGGUGGAGUCCCUUAUUAUGGAGGAAGUGAUGGAUCAGGAACAAUUGAUGCACAAGGAGGAGCAAGACAAUUCGGAGAUAGCGGUGGAUCUAAGACACAUAGCGGAUAUGGACUCAUGCCAGAAUAUAGAAGAGGUGAUGAUGAUCUGCCGGAUUUUUAAAAAAAAACCCACACCUUCCGUAACUUCACCACUUUUUGGCAUUUGGAAAACCGCGCUCAAUGGCUUCCAUGGAGGAAUUCUCGGGAACCGCGGCCUGGCCAUCUCGAAGCUUCCGGGGAAAGGCCGUUGCCUCUUCACCACUAAAGACUUCAAUCCAGGAGAAGUGAUCAUAACCGAAGAACCUUACGUGUGCAUGCCGAAGGACUCGGUAGCUAACUACCUGUGCGACGCUUGUUUUGAAGAAUCGGGUAACCUCAACAAGUGCUCCCGUUGCAAGACUGUGUACUACUGCUCUACCGCCUGCCAGAAGUCGGAAUGGAAGCUUCACCGUCUCGAAUGCGAAGCUUUGUCCAAGGUUCCGUUGGAGUUCCAUCAUCAAAUUACGCCACGGAUUCGUCUCAUGAUCAGACUCCAAUGUCGUUUAAAGUUACAAUAUGAGAACACUAUUCCUACUUCUGCUAUGGACAACCACAAUUUGGUGAACGCUUUGGUGUCUCGUAUGCUUCUGAUUCUGAGCUUUUUGCUGAUUUAUAUUGAUGCUCACCGAAGGUGGCACUAUGCUAUGGAUGCUAACCUUGUCAGUAUGGUACUUCAGUGGCCUGAUAUCAAUAAACAGGAGGUUGCAGUGAACUUUUCAAAGAUGGCAUUCAACGCCUUCACAAUUUUUGACAGCGAAUUGCAACACUUGGGUGAAGGACUGUAUCCUGUCAUUUCAUUCAUGAACCACAGCUGCGUGCCCAAUUGUAUUUUAGUAUUUGAGGGAAGGACAGCGUUGAUAAGUUACAUUGAACUUGUUCGAAGCACUGUGACUCGGCAAAAGACGCUGAAGGAACAAUAUCUUUUCACCUGCACAUGUCCCCGCUGUAUUAAAGUGGGUCAGUGUAACGAAGAUGAUGCAUAUCUGGAUGGCUACCAAUGCACGAGUAAUGAAUGCGAUGGCUUUUUGCUUUGCGACUCUGAUGAUAAUGGAUUCAUAUGCCAACAAUGCGGACAAUUUAAAAGCAAGGAAGAGAUAAGAGAGAUGGAAAGUGAAAUCAAAUCAUUGCAGGAAAAGGCUCUUAUAGCUGAACAGUCUGCAUGCUCUUAUUAUUCAGUGAAGCGGAAAGACUGGAGGGAAGCUGUAAAAUAUUGCAAAUUGGCCAUUGCACUGUAUCAAAAAAUAUAUCCAGGCUAUCAUCCUCCACUUGAAUUGCAAUACUAUGGCUGUGGGAAGUUUGAAGGGUAUCUUGGAGAGGCCGAGAAUGCUGUGAAAUCUCUAACCAAGGCAGUCGAUAUUAUGAAGAUUACUUAUGGGACAAGUACACCCUUCAUGAAGAAACUUUUCAGUAUAUUGGAGGAGCAACGUGUUGAGUUGGAGGAGCAACAUUUUGACACUCAUCAAUGA